GAUCCAGUUUGUUUUGGUUCCUCCUCACACGUGCUUUUACCUCUGGCGAUUUUUAUUUGAGAAAAGGGGAAAUUGAGACGUUUAUGUGUCCGUGAGCUGAACAGCAACAAAGAGCAUAGCAUCAUGGGAAAAGUGAGAAGAGUUCGACAGAAGUAUCACUCCAGCCUCUCCAAGAAUACUCCAAAUGCAACAGAAAAUAAGGAUAUGGGCACAGAUGCUCCAAGGCUGGUUCCCAUUGUGAAGACAAAAACAGAUCAGACUGGAAAAUCAAGUGGGAACAUAUUUGCUGGCUUAGAGAUCAAUUUAGGGGGAGCCAAAAAGACUGCUCCUAAGACAGAUGAGGUGAUGGACACCACAGUCUCAGAUUCUGCAGACCAAAGGAACAAAGGCAAGAGGAUCAAGAAGGGGAGGAUAAAACAGCGUCAUCAGGACCUAAUGAAAAAAAUUGAUGCCAUCCAGGCAGGCAAACAGGCAGAGAAAGAGCGCAAGAAACGCGAAAAGACGAAAGUAGUAGGUGACUUGCAUCCCAUGCUAAAUGCGCUGCCAACAUUGGAGGAACUGAAUCGCAAAUGCCAGCAAGCAGCAGACGAGUACAAAGAAGGGAACAGGUUUAAAGAAACAAAAGGAAGCUAAAAAAGAAUUCAUGAGCGACAUACAGAUGAUGUUAGCUGUUCAUAAGGACAAGAUAUAUAAUGAUGACCCAUUUGAGGCUGUCACCACGGCAGUCAGAAAUCGAGUCUUGAAUGAUCAAGAAGGACAGUAAUAAAACAUA